GGUUGUAGUUAGUAUUAAAUUUUUAAAAAUUAUAACUCUGUCGGUUGUCCAUGACAGAUGUGUGUGGAUGCGUAAUAUAGGUCGCUGAAAUUAAUGAAGGAGUAAGUGCCGUUCCUUAAAAUGGACGGACAAACCUUUGCGAUAGUGUUGUUAUCAAACUACAUCUCUGAGUGACCAUGGAAUGCAACUAUAUCUCCGAUCUACAUCCGGGACGGAAAAAUUGGGUCAUACAAGCUAAGGUUUUAAGUAUUUGGGUUCUUUGUGAGUUUUUCACCAAAAGGGUGUUGCUUCUCGCAGAUGAAAAGGGUGACACAAUCGAAGCCACAAUUGUGUUUACUGAGUUUGAAUAUGAAAUACCAAGAUUUAUUAAAGACGGUGAAUGGUAUUCCUUAAGUGAUUUCAAAGUCAUCAAGCCAACCCUAAAAGAAAGAAACACAACUCAUCCUUACCAAAUAAAGGUUUGGGAGAAAACAAAAAUGAAUCUAAUUCAGCCGAUUACUUGCAAAAAUUAUUUUCGCUUUGAAGAUUUUGCAGAUAUAAAUCAUGCAAGAGUAAAUGAAGGUGUUACUUUCGAUGUGUGUGGAUGUAUAAUAGAUGUCUCUGAAAUGAAUGAAGGAGUAAGUGUCGUUCCUCAAAAUGGGCGGACCAACCUUUGCGAUGGUGUUGUUAUCAAACUUUUAAAUGGGAGGAAUGAAACUCUAAAAUGUCAUGCAAUGGGAAAUUAUGCUUCAUAAUUCAUGAGAAUGUGGAAAUCAAAAAAUUACCAUCUCACAUUUAAAUCUAAGCCAGUGUUUAGUGUCUUUCGUUUCUGGAAAAUUUCUGAAUUGGAAGGUACACCAUGUAUUGUCAAUACUUAUGGCUCAUCAAGGAUCUAUAUUAAUCCAGAGUUUGCAGGACUCAAAAAUCAUAAAGCAAUCUCUGAAUUUGCUGGGAGGUAUCAUGUACGCCAACAAUUGAAACAUCAAGACGAUUCUUCAAGUUCUAAAUCGAUUGGCUAGCAAGUUUUUAGGGUGUAUGUUUUAAAUGAAACUAAGGUUCCUAAUAUCUACUAUUAAAGUUCUACGUAAUGUGACUUUUGUAUGACAACUAAUUACUUCUCCAUGCUCUCUAUCACUUGUUUUACUAAA